CAAUACAUUUACACUCACCAUUCUCUCUCUAUAUCUGAGUGCGUGAGUGAGUGUUUUUAUUUUCUUUUUUCCCUUUCUAAUGGCGAUUGCUGCUGCGUCUAAACAAGAGCAGACGGCUUCUUCGGAGAGUGUGGCAGCAGAAAAAAAGAGAUGGACACUCAAUGAUUUCGACAUAGGAAAGCCUCUAGGUAGAGGAAAGUUUGGACAUGUAUAUCUGGCAAGGGAAAAGAGGAGCAAUCAUAUUGUGGCGCUGAAGGUGUUGUUUAAGAGCCAGUUGAAACAGUCUCAGGUCGAGCAUCAGCUUCGUCGGGAAGUUGAAAUACAGAGCCAUCUUCGGCAUCCUAACAUUCUACGACUCUAUGGUUACUUUUAUGACCAGAAACGAGUGUAUUUGAUCCUGGAGUAUGCCGCAAAGGGGGAACUCUACAAGGAGCUGCAGAAAUGCCAACAUUUCAGUGAAAGACGUGCUGCUUCUUAUGUUGCAUCAUUAGCUCGGGCCUUGAUAUAUUGUCACGGGAAGCAUGUGAUACAUAGAGAUAUUAAACCUGAAAACCUUUUGAUCGGAGCUCAGGGCGAACUAAAGAUUGCAGAUUUUGGUUGGUCAGUGCAUACAUUUAACCGAAGACGAACCAUGUGCGGCACCCUAGAUUACCUUCCGCCUGAAAUGGUGGAGAGCGUGGAGCAUGAUGCAAAUGUGGACAUAUGGAGCCUUGGAGUCCUAUGCUAUGAGUUUCUCUAUGGGGAGCCUCCUUUUGAAGCAAAAGAGCACUCAGACACGUAUAGGAGGAUUGUCCAGGUGGAUCUUAAAUUCCCUCCAAAGCCCGUAGUCUCAUCAGCUGCAAAAGACCUUAUUAGUCAGAUGCUUGUCAAGGAUUCUUCACGACGCUUACCCCUUCACAAACUUCUCGAGCAUCCCUGGGUCGUGCAAAAUGCUGAUCCUUCGGGUACUUACAGGGUUUGAUUAUUAAUUUCUUCCUCAUGCUAGCGAGAAAUAUCUCAAGCACCCUGAUAAUCGGGUAAUUCGAUGUAAAAUGUCCCUUGUGUCAAAUAUAUCUGAGAUGAUGAUGUGAUCUUGUAAUGAAUAUAAAAAGGGCUUUUCCAUGCAAGAUGCACUUAUUACCGGCUUUCAUCAGGAGAUUUUAAAAUCAGCAAUAUUGCUGCUGAUUAUGUAGUUAAAAAAUCAAUUUAAAAUUCUUCCAAGUUUCGGAUGUAAGCCUUAUUAUAAUUGGAUGGAGGCAUUCUUUUCA